UUAUUAAGACUAAUUAUGUCUAACGUUUUUUCAUUUCUUUGCUUUUUUUCUUUUUUAGUAAGUUCCGGUGUGCCUCAUACCAUCUACAAAGGUAAUCAAAAAAAAUACACAAAAGAAUGUAUACUUAUAUACGAUAAAGAAACGGGUGAUAUCACUCUAGAGAAAUUAAAUCAUAACAUACAGGUUAAGAAGACGCGCAGUGAAAUGACAAACAAAGCAAAUGUUGUGCCAAUACUGAGUGGAGGAGGGGGAGGUGGCGGAGGAGCACCAAUAGGAGCCGGAACAGGAGCAGGAGCGGGAUCAGGAUCUGCAGGAAAAUUAGAAAAUAGUACCAUGAGAAUAACGUCCAAAACGAAAGUCUCUACAGGCAGCCGUAGAAAUACGAUAAUUGAAUUAAAGGCUCGUAAUUCUCCCCUGCAAGGUUCGCCCUCGACUGGCACUUCUAGUAAAAGUCCCCAGGCAGCCCCGGUUUGGAAUGCGAAUAAUGGCCAAUCUACUUUACCUAGUAUCCCCAUGAUUGUGGAUGACGAUGAAGCUGCGUUCGGUAUUAGUGGCGGUAGUGGUAGUACCAAUAAUCAUCAUUUAACCAAUGUAUCUUCCACUUCGUCAUCAACAUCAAGUCAUAACAAUUCUUUAAAUGAUUAUGAUUUUCAACAACAGCAACAGCAGCAAACAACACUAUCUAAUAAGCAAUCAAAGCAAUCCCACCACAAUAGUGGUAAUAUUCAUCAAAAGCGGCACAAUAAUCAUCAAAAGCAACACAACAAUCAUCAUCAGCAACAGCAACAACAACAACAGCAGCAGCAGCAGCAGCAAUCUUUGCAAGCGCAACAGCAACAGGUGCUACAAUGGCAACAGCAACUCCAAGAGCAGCAAAGACGACAGCAGCAUCAGCAGCAGCAGCAGCAGCAACAACAGCAACAGCAAUAUAAUCUUUUUAAUAACAGCAAUGGUGGCGGCCAAAAUAUUGCUAAUACUUCUUCUGCUUUCUACAGUAGUAGCAAUACUCAUAUGGCUAAAUGUAAUAAUGAUAGCAAUAGCGCUAACAAUCAUCAAAAUCAGGAACUUGCCGCAUCAUCCACAUUAGAUAGUGAAGCAGCUGCUUUGGAAAUGAACAUAGCUAAUGCGCUUAGUUCGUCGAGCUCUACUUCAGAUAGUGACUCCAGCGGCAGUGAUAGUGGUUCCGAUUCGGAUGAUAGCACUGAAGAUGAUCGAUCUAUGAAGCCGGCGCAAAAUUCCUCGCAGCAAUUGCCUAGUUUAAGUUUGGGAACCAUAACCUCAUCUCCUCCCCUACAUAUGGAAUACUCGAACCAUACACAAAACAGUCAUCACCAGCAUCAAUAUAAUCAAACAAAACAACAACAAGAUCAGCAACUGAACCCUUCAACAGUAAAUUACGCGUCCAAUGGUGCAUUUCCCAAUGAUUUGCUACAAAAUGAUUUACAAUUAUCAUCAAAUUCGUCCGAUGAUGAUUCUGAUUAGUUAAAAACGGAAGUCUCGUUGCACUAUACAAAAAAAACUAACCAUAUAAUAUAUUUUUGUAAAAUAGUAAUAAAACAUCAACAACAACAACAAC